CGGGUCACUGGCCGGGCCCGAGGGGCAGCCCGAGCGCAGUCUGGGUGGGGGACGCUGAACCCCGGGGACGGACGGCAAACCACUAGCCCUCCUGCCGCAGGGUUACCUGUAUCCCUUGAUACUUGGGGGAGAGCUAAGGACCCUGGAAGCACCCCACCCCUCUCCAGCACUCGCCGCCUCCUCCUCUAGUACCCCAAGGGGACCCCGCGGCACCUCUGGGAGCGAAGGGAGCCUGAGGCAGAGGACCCGGCCGGGACGAGAUGAAGCUCAUUAUCCUGGAACACUAUUCACAGGCCAGUGAGUGGGCGGCCAAGUACAUUAGGAACCGCAUCAUCCAGUUUAAUCCAGGGCCUGACAAGUACUUCACCUUGGGGCUCCCCACCGGGAGCACACCACUUGGCUGCUACCAGAAGCUGAUUGAAUACUAUAAGAAUGGGGAUCUUUCCUUUAAAUAUGUGAAAACCUUCAACAUGGACGAGUAUGUGGGUCUUCCUCGAGAGCACCCAGAGAGCUAUCACUCCUUCAUGUGGAAUAAUUUCUUCAAGCACAUUGACAUCCACCCUGAAAACACCCACAUUCUGGAUGGGAAUGCGGCUGACCUGCAGGCUGAGUGUGACGCCUUUGAGGACAAGAUCCAGGCUGCAGGCGGGAUCGAACUCUUUGUUGGAGGCAUUGGCCCCGACGGACACAUUGCUUUCAAUGAGCCAGGCUCCAGUCUGGUGUCCAGGACCCGUGUGAAGACUCUGGCCAUGGACACCAUCCUGGCCAAUGCUAGAUUCUUUGACGGUGAUCUUGCCAAGGUGCCCACCAUGGCCCUGACGGUGGGUGUAGGCACUGUGAUGAAUGCUAGAGAGGUGAUGAUCCUCAUCACAGGUGCUCACAAGGCUUUUGCUCUGUACAAGGCCAUUGAGGAGGGCGUGAACCAUAUGUGGACCGUGUCUGCCUUCCAGCAGCAUCCCCGAACCGUGUUUGUGUGUGAUGAGGAUGCCACCUUGGAGCUGAAAGUGAAGACGGUUAAGUAUUUCAAAGGUUUAAUGCUUGUUCAUAACAAGUUGGUGGACCCCCUGUACAGUAUCAAGGAGAAGGAAAUUCAGAAAAGCCAGGCUGCUAAGAAGCCAUACAGCGACUAGCUUGUGCCAAGUCACUGAGUACAUCUGUGGGAGACAAGCAGGUCUUUCUGGAAAUUGUAAGAGAGUAGAAUUAACUUGUUUCAGUCUGUAUGGUUGCUGCAGAUCCUUGGCUAGGCCCAUACUGGCUGGGAGUUUAGCUAUGGGGAACAUGGUAGCCUAAGUUUCUCUGGUCCCGCCUGGCCCCACAGUCCUGCAGCCACUUAUAAAAUAAUUGUUCAGAGGCUUAAUAUUAAUUGCGAAUUACAUGGCCUACAGGUCAGGCUUCUUGCUAGCUAGCUCUUAUAACUUAAUUCAACCCAUUUCUGUUAAUCUCUAUGUUGCCACGUGGCCAUGGAGUUACCGGUCUGCUGGCAUCUUGUUCCCCCUUCGUUGGCAUGCUGGCAUCUCCUAGACUCCACCCUUCUUCUCUCGGCUUCAGUUUGAAUGUACUGCCUCACCUUAUCCUGCCCUGCCUCACCUUAUCCUGCCCUGCCUCACCUUAUCCUGCCCUGCCUCACCUUAUCCUGCCCUGCCUCACCUUAUCCUGCCCUGCCUCUGGGCCUAGAGUCUCCCAGUCACUUUUCCCUGUGUCCUGUAGAAUGUCCAGCAGUCUCUGUGGAGCAGAAACCUGAAGGACCAUUUCACCUUGUUUUGGCAAAAUUCAGUGAUCAUUUGCCUAUGCGCCCUGUAUGUCCAGUUUAUACAACAUAUUAUCAAGCAGUCCAGGCAGGAGCGGUUUCUUGGCCAUAAAAAAAGCAAACUCCAUGUGGAGUUUCUUCAAUGCCCAUCAUCCUCUUUGAAGCAAUUGGUGCUGUCAGGAGCAGACAUGUCUCAUUGUCCAGAGAAGUCUAAGUUUUUAAAACGUAUAACUUUCACCCUUCUUUUGCAGUACUGGGGUUUGAACCCAGGCCCUUACACAUGCCAGACAAGUGCUCGACUAACCGGGCUAUGUCCCCAAGGUUCUGCCCCUUUUAUGAUUUUUUUGUAACAAUAGAGAUCUCCAUCACUGGCUGUCAUUAUACCCAAGUGAGGACUCUGAGCUCUCCUUCUGGCCCUACACACAUGGCCAACACACUCCAUCAAGAAAUCCUGUCUGUGUGUGCGCUUGCUCUUGAGUGGGCAGGGCUUUAUUAGGGCGUGUGCACUUUGGACACAACCCUUCUGGGGUCCUGAGACCCCCCUCUUCUGCAGGCCAGCCCAUUGAGAAUCUUUGUUCGAAAGAACACAACUUCCAGAAUUAAGCACAAGGAAGCACCCCUUCCUGUAGGAACCAAGUACCUCAGGGAGAAGCCUAGCCCUUGCUCCCCUUCCCUGGACCUCUUUUCCUGCUGUCAACAGGUAGCUUUCUGUAAACAGACUUUCUGGGUAGGUUUGGGCAUGGAGGGCGCUAAAGUGGCUUUCACGGAUAAACUCAAAGCUUCCAAAGUCCAGCCAUGUCUUGUUCUCUCUCAAGAUUUCAACAGGAGAAAGGUAGAAGCCCUUUCCCCACCAGAGCUGUGUUUUUCUCAAAGGAUUCUUACACACUCCCUAGUAAGGAGGUCCACUUGGGUGGUAAACACGGUCGUGAUUUCAGUGUUAUUUACCCAAGAUGGAGAGCUGGCACCUGCACAUACGUGUCCUGUGCUCUCCUGCUUCCUCAGAGCUGAGUAACAAGAUGAUACACACGCUAGUACUGUCUCCUCUAAAUCACCCUGUCAUUCCCACCUCUCAGGUUUUCGAGGUAUCCCCGAUGAUCUCAGAGCAUCAGAGAUAAAACCCUUCGCCCACUUGUCCUUCAAGCCCCCUUCCCAGGCUUCUCUGCUCAGCCUGUGUUUAUAUUCUCCAGCCUCUGUGGAGUUGCCGCUGCCUCCUUCUCUGUCUUUGUGCCUGUCUGAAGCAACGGUUGCCUGUUCCCAGAAGAGGUUUUUGAGAUCCUGGCCCAGGCCCCUCUAGGAGUACUGUGUUUAGUACCAGCAUUUUGUUUAGUUUUUAUAUGUGAUUGUGCUGUUAUUUUUUGUUAAGCUAAUGGAUCAAUAGAUUUGUUUACAAUGUGAUAUUUUCUAUUAAAUCUAAUAUUUUCCAAUAAAUUAUGUCAUUUGUGAA